UUAAAUUUAUCAUAAACUCAAAAAAUAAAUCAACUCCACUCUUCAUCGUUUACAUCAGGACUUUGUUUCUGGAUCUCUCUGGGUUAGCAGAAUAGUGGACGGAGAAUGACGAUUUUCCACUUCUUCAAUUGCGCAAUUCUGACGUUUGGUCCUCACGCCGUUUACUAUUCCGCCACCCCCUUAUCCGAGUAUGAUACGAUUGGUACUUCAGUUAAAACAGCGGUCGUUUAUCUUGUGACAGCAUUAGUGAAGCUUGUUUGUCUUGCAACAUUUCUUAAGGUGUCUGAAAGUGACAGUUUUGAUCCGUAUCAGGAAUUGUUGAAAGCUUUGAUUGGAUUCGUAGAUGUUGCUGGGCUUUAUUUUGCCUUGACACGGUUAACUCAUAGGAAUAUUUCUCAAAAUCACAAAUUUCAAGCUGUUGGGCUCGGUUGGGCGUUUGCCGAUUCCGUCCUCCAUAGGCUGGCACCCCUUUGGGUGGGUGCUAGAGGUCUAGAAUUCACUUGGGACUACAUUUUACAGGGUCUCGAAGCGAAUGCUAAUCUGGUGUUGAGUAUAUCGCUUGCUGCAUUAGGAUCUCUAAUGUGGCUCAGGAAAAACAAGCCCAAGACUUUGAUUCCUAUUAUAUACACCUGCGCAGGAAUUGUGGCUACAAUGCCAUCAAUUACAAGUUAUCUGAAACUGAGCUUGGGAUGGCAGUUGCCGAAGGUGGUAGGAUUUGAGCUGUUCACUUCUUUGGUAAUGGCUUUCAUUAGCUGGCAGCUUUUUGCCGCCUGUCAGAAACCUUCUAAUUGAUGAAUCUUUCAUAUCAACCUUCUAAUUCAACCACCCCCACCGCCCCCGGAAAACAAAGUUCUGAAGGGCAACAAGAGCAAAUUUUGCUUUGAAUAUUUACAGUGUGAAAAAUUCAGGAAAAUGAGAAGUUACCUGAAUCACUGUGAUUUAAGUAUUUAUUUGAAAGUUUUUGGAUUAUACUGUUGUAACAGUCAGAUUAGGAAGCUAAAUAUGUUGACUGAAUUUAUUUUCCAGGUGACAUUCUUAUUAGUGUUUUCUUGAUUAUGAUUCAGGUCACAAUUAUUUGUAUUUGCCUUUUCAGACUAGUUGGAGCAGUUUGAAGUGACACAUUCAUUG